AUGCGUGGACAGACAUUCGCUUCUGUGGCGCUGGCCGCUUUCGCGCUCACUGCUGUUGCAGCACCAUUAGAACAUGAGGUCAGAACGGACGACCUUCUUGAGGCUAGACAGCCAGAAAAGAUUGUGGGAAGGAGUAAUUUUGGCAUUGUUGAUUAUGAAAAGAAAUAUGCAGAGAGAAAUCAACUGGAGAGAAGACAAGCAAAGGCUUCUGGAGGCGCGCGACCUAGGUGAGUACCUAUGAGUUCCAAGUAAUCGAAAUGAGAUAAUGAGCUGAUUCAUUCAUAUAGUGGUACUGAUGGAGCAGCGGCAGCCACGUAUGUUAUAUUCAUCGAUAAGCGAAUCUUAUAGGGUCUUCGCUGUCAUUGAUUGAAAAGGAAACUAACAUUUGCAUAGUGGAGCACCAAAGAAGAGCGCUGGAGCAGCCCCAGGAGCUGCCGCUGAGACGUAAGUUUAUUAGUUCAUUGGUUCACCAGAGCCACUUUUGUAUUGCCUUCAAAUACUGACCCUUCUCCAGUGGUGCUCCCAACGUCCCUGCGGGUGCUGAUCCAAAGAAAAAGGGCAAGGAAGGAAAGAAGAAGGGUGCUGGCGCUGGUGCAGCAGCUGGGACAGGAGCAGGAGGAGCAGGAGCAGGAGCUGCCGCUGCAACGUAAGUAAAUCUGACCCUUCCAACAAGUUUUAUUUUAUAUAUGACCGGAUCUUGACUUCUGUCUAGUGGUGCUGCGCCAAAGAAAAGCGCUGCAACGUAAGUUCAUAAUUGUUUUCUGAGGCCCAGUAUCGUUUUAUGUUUGGAUAUUGACUCUGUUCUUUAGCGAUGCUCCUAAUGUUGCUGCGGGUGCCGAUGGAAAGAAGAAGGAUAAAAAGAAGAAGAAGGCUGCCAAAGCCGCUGGCUCCGCACCUCCACCACCAGCUCCAGAGGUACGUAUUUAUGUUUUCCUUCAGCAAAACGUCUAGUUUUACUCAACUAACUAUUUCUUAGGCAGCUGCUCCACCUACACCACCAGUAGAGGUUUGUUUCACUCUCAGUCCUUAACGAUGAAAGGGUGUCAAGGUUGACUUAACUGUUUUAUAGGGAGGUGCUCCACCGCCACCACCAGAGGUAUGUUCCCUUCUCAAUUCUCAAGACUUUGUUCACAGACCGAAUUAACGAACUGUUUGAUAGGGAGCUGCACCCCCACCAGCAGAGGUGCGUUUUGCUCAUAGCCUCUAAGAAUCAUUUGUAAACUGAAUCAACUAACUUUUCCUAUAGGGAGCUGCUCCAGCAUCAGAAGCAGCCUCUCCUGCACCUACUCCUGCUGCCAGUGCUGAAGAUCCAGCCGCUGCCGUAAGUCACCAAAACCUCACUGUUUCGUCCCGUAAGUUAAAUUCUGGGCUAAAUUCUUCCUCAGGUUGUCCCUGCUGGUCUUCCAGCGGUAGAAGGCGAACCAAUAGGCGGCGAUUACAAAAAGGCACGAAGUGCUCGUAAGUUGUUUUCCCGUAUUCCUUUGGAGCAUUUCAAAUAUCAUCUCGCAAUCAAGAAAAGCAGAGCUGACUUCCGCUAGGAUGGGGACAACAGUAG